UCAACAUUCAUCACGUUCAUUAGAGGCAACAACCAAACUCGAUCAUUUCAUUACAAAGAGUCAUCUUGAUGGAGAGUUCACAGAGCUCCGACCAAAACGAAGUCUCUGCCUCUGAAACUCCAACAAGCUCCGUUUCUUCACCGUACCGGAGAACGUACUCAGACUUCUCCGGUUUAUCUCACCGGUUCGACGUUCAAAGCUUCUAUAACCGGCCGUCAAACACAGACUCCGUUGUCAUGAGUAGCCAUGAAGAAGAUCUCUCCGAAGACGCCGCCGCUGAAUCAAAAGAUAACAACGUUGACGAUGGUGAUGAUCAAGACAGUGACAUUGACUCUGCAGAAGACGCAGAGUUAGAGAUGAUGAGGGAAAGAUUCGCGAAGCUGUUGCUUGGUGAAGACAUGUCAGGGAGUGGGAAAGGAGUUUGUACAGCUGUUACUGUCUCUAACUCCAUAACUAAUCUCUAUGCGACUGUGUUUGGACAGAGUUUGAGAUUACAACCGUUGAGUACAGAGAAGAAAGAUCUUUGGAAACGUGAGAUGAAUUGUUUUAUGUCUAUAUGUGAUUACAUUGUUGAAGUUAUUCCAAAAACUCUUGGUAACAACGUUGAGAUAACAGAAACAAAACUAAGAUCCGACAUUCUCAUGAAUCUUCCUGCUUUGAGAAAGCUCGAUAACAUGCUAAUGGAUAUAUUGGAUAGUUUUACGGAGAAUGAGUUCUGGUACGUGGAGAGAGGAAGCUCAUCGAUGAACUCAAACAAUGGUGGUAGAGAUUCAGGAUCGUUUAGAAAAGUUGUGGUUCAACGGAAAGAUGAGAAGUGGUGGCUUCCAGUGCCGUGUGUACCUGCUGAAGGUUUAUCAGAAGAUGAAAGAAAGCAUUUGCGUCAUAAACGUGACUGUGCUAAUCAGAUACAUAAGGCUGCUUUGGCCAUUAACGACUCCACUCUUAAUGAUAUGGAUAUUCCUGACUCUUACCUCACCACUCUCCCAAAGAGUGGGAAAGCAAGUGUAGGAGACGUGAUAUACAAGCAACUAUGCACAGCGGAGAAGUUUUAUCCAGACCAGCUUCUUGAUAUCUUGAAGAUUUCAUCAGAACACGAGGCGCUUGAGCUUGCUGACAAAGUUGAGGCUUCACUGGUAACAUGGAGGCGUAAGACUGGAGGGUUGACUCACUCCAGGUCAUCAUGGGACAUGAUGAAAGAUAUGAGUGGCGACGCUGGGAACGACAAGAACAACAUUCUCGCGGCUCGAGCUAGGAGCUUACUCUUUUGUCUGAAACAGAGAUUCCCUGAACUCUCUCAAACCUCACUUGACAUCUGCAAGAUUCAGUUUAACCGAGAUGUGGGCAAGGCGGUGUUGGAGAGCUAUUCAAGGGUUUUAGAAGGGUUGGCUUAUAAUGUUGUUUCGUGGAUUGAUGAUGUUCUUUACGUGGACAGAACAGUGAGGAACAGAGAUGAUUAAUUUUUUCAUUUUUCUGAAAUGUAAUGAGAAUACAAAACUAAAUGUUUUUGUGUGUUGGUUAUGAUUGUCUUCUGAAACUAAAAAAAAAAGACUUGAUCUCUUUUGUUAAG